AUGCCUAAAGCAUUCUCCACCCAACACGGUUGGUAUCUCUCUACACUUUCCUCUGCAUUAGAAAAUGCCCAAGUUCUUACCUCCAAUGACAAUAAUAAUCUCGAAAUCGCUUCUUCUAAGUUGAUUUAUACCUACACAUACGCCAUGAGCGGUUUUAGUGCAAAUUUGUCACCCAAAGAGCUUGAAGCUCUCAAAAGCUCCACAGGUUACAUUUCUUCCAUACCAGAUCUUCCAGCUAAGCUUGACACAACUCAUUCACCACAAUUUCUCGACCUUAAUCCCAACACGGGGGCAUGGCCUAUUGGGAAAUUUGGCGAAGAUAUCAUUGUUGGGUUGGUGGAUACGGGAAUUUGGCCAGAAAGUGAAAGCUUCAAAGAUGAGGGGAUGACUAAAAUCCCUUCACGAUGGAAAGGGCAAUGUGAAGAUAGCAUCAAAUGCAACAACAAACUCAUUGGAGCUCGUUUCUUUCACAAAGGAGUGCUUACUAAAUACCCCUAUCUUGCCAGAAAUGAGAACUCAACUCGGGACACACAAGGACAUGGGACCCACACAUCAAGCACCGUGGCUGGGAGCCAAGUUGACAACGCAUCGUUCUUUGGCUAUGCCAAUGGAUCAGCGAGAGGAAUAGCUCCACGUGCGAGAGUAGCCAUGUACAAGGCCUUGUGGGAAGAUAGAACCAUGUCAUCUGAUAUAAUAGCCGCUAUUGAUAGUGCAAUAUCAGAUGGGGUGGAUGUUCUUUCCUUGUCACUUGGACUUGAUGAUGUGCCCUUGUACAAUGACCCUAUUGCUAUAACCACAUUUUCUGCCAUGGAGAGAGUUAGGAGGUUAGGAGGUUAG